CGUCUUCCUAGCUAAUUCUUGGAGCAUAUGAAUGGCAGGCGUCUCCUGGUUGCCUCCGUAAUUUCUAUCCAGAACUCCCACUUUGUUUAUCCCUCGUGUCAAAACUGCUUCUCCAAGCUCUUCCUGAAUUUGAAGAGGUACAGUUGCCUAAAAUGUGGCUGUUCAGGUGACAGCAAGGAGGCAAACUACAGAUACCGACUCUCUUUGGAAGUCGCCGACACUCAGAGUGUGUUCGAAGUGACAGUAUUCGGAAGCUGCUUAGACGUUUACUUCGGAGUCACAGCCAAGGACCUGCAGAGGUACAUUGAAAAACUGCACCAAGAAAUCGGAGAGCCAGACAGAGAUGCAACUCCAGACGUGCUCUUCCAUGCUGUUGAAAGCUGCUUCAUUGGGAAGAAAUUUGUUUUUGGAAUUAAGGAUUUUAGCAAAACAGAGAGCGUCAUCUCCUGGCAAAAUGACUCCCGAGCCGACCGAUACCGCAACGCUCUCACUGCCUGUCAGAUGUUUAUGCUGAACUCUACACUCAUCGGCAAUACAGUUCUCCAUUACCUCCACCAACGCCAGUCUUCCCAUUUCAAGCAGGGACUUGGAGGUGCCUGGCUGCCUGAUCCCUUUGUGGCCUUUGAUCAACCAAGUAGUUUGCUCAGCAGCUUCCAUGGCUCUAAUGACGUGGAUGCGGCUCCAUCAUGUUCUGCAGAUGGUCUUUCAUAUCUCUGGCCCCAGUCGUUUCGGCUGACUUCCUCCCCUGCUUCUUCAGGCACAACAGCAGAUCCUGUAGAUCUCAAUCCAAGCCAGACUGUAUAUACUAAGCAAAAAUGGGAAGAUAAUCCAGUUUCUUUGCCUAGCCAGUCAGUCCACAACUCCCAGGACCAUCAUUUAACCGUGACUAAGGGAAACGUGCAGGAAGAUAAGAGGCAUAAUUUGUGUUGUAGUCAAAGAAACAGCAUUGACACAAAGAGUCAAUCAGAAAGCAAUUCCUUCUUAGGAGUAGAAGGUGGCAGAUCAUUACAAAGUCCCUUAGAAUUAAAGGGAAAGAUCUCAUCAGGUGAAAAUUGCACUCAACACAACUAUUGGCUCAAAAAAUCCUGCAACGUUUUGCCUCAUCAGAGACAGGAUGCUGCUCUUGGCUUCCCUGCAUCAUCUUCCUUUUAUCUUCCAAAUAGAGAAGAUACCGACUCUCAAGAGGAUCCUGAGCUUUGGGGUGAAAUGCCGUCCUCCGAAAGCUUAAAUGAAUUCAUUGCCAAACUGGAACGUGACAACACUGUGGUGUCGCCAACACAUUUCACGAGUGAUAGUGCUGAUGAAUUCCAUGGGUGUUUUGACCAGUUGUCUCCCCAGCUAAACAUGUGUCAUGCCAAUUUGAAGACUGAGCAGCCAGGUGAGAAAUCACAGGUCCUGGCAGAGAUGGUAGAACAUCGCAAAAGUGGCCUUCACCAGGUUAACCUGUCACCAUUUCACAACAGCCAGGGAUCUCUCCAGCGAGCCCAUCGCAAAAGUGGCCUUCACCAAGUUAACCUGUCGCCAUCUCACAACAGCCAGGAAUCUCUCCAGCAAGCCCAUCGCAAAAGCGCCCUUCAGCAGGUUAACCUGUCACCAUCUCACAACAGCCAGGAAUCUCUCCAGCAAGCCCAUCGUAAAAGCGGCCUUCACAGGGUUAACCUGUUGCCAUCUCACAUCAGCCAGGGAUCUCUCCAGCAAGCCCAUCGUAAAAGCGGCCUUCACCAGGUUAACCUGUUGCCAUCUCACAACAGCCAGGGAUCUCUCCAGCAAGCCCAUCGCAAGAGUGGCCUUCACCAGGUUAACCUGUCGCCAUCUCACAACAGCCAGGAAUCUCUCCAGCAAGCCCAUCGUAAAAGCGGCCUUCACCAGGUUAACCUUUCGCCAUCUCACAUCAGCCAGGGAUCUCUCCAGCAAGCUCAUCGUAAAAGCGGCCUUCACCGGGUUAACCUGUCGCCAUCUCACAACAGCCAGGAAUCUCUCCAGCAAGCCUUUCAAGGUUCUUUAUCCUGCAAAGGAAGGGAAGAAUCAGGGCACCUGCCUCACCAGCCUCUGGUCCUCUUACCUUCAUAUUGCUCAACAGAAGUGAAAUCUCAUACAAAAGAAAGUUGCCUGAAAUCUGAACUUGAGCAAAAUGUCCGUAGUUCCGAGAAUCACCAUUCCAGGUCUUCUUCAAAGCCUUCCAGCAAAUGCCUAAAAAAUUCUAGUCUACUGAUUAGAGACAUAGCUUAUCUGAAUGGGAACCAAGAUGGCAAUCUAUUCAAGUGGAAGGAUAAACAAAGUCCUUGGAAUGAAAACCACACUCUUGAUAUCACAAAUAUUCAAGAAGACAGUUUGACUUUGGUAACCUGUGAAAAAACUAUCGGCCAUGAUAUAACAAAGGAAAAGCUACUUUUUCAAGACGACAGGUAUACUUUUAAAGCUGAUGUUGGCAACAUGCUGCAGGACUGCUCUAAUGUCCUUGAGGUUAGUUACAAUGCUUCGGCUGAUCUCUUUGAUAGUGCUCAAGCGCCAGAAGAUACUGUCCGAAAAUUAAAUUCGACACACAUCUUCCUGGCACAGGAAAACCCAGUGGCUAAACAAUGUAUAACAUCUGAAUUUACAUCUGAACACAGUUUUAGAGGUUCUCUGCAUGAGCUAAAUGACAGCUGGAAUACAUCUUUGUUCAGUAUGCCUGAUCCUAAACCAAACAGUCCAUUACCUGACUUACUAUAUGGGCCAGAACGUAGCCUUGUGGGGUCGCUGGAUUUUAUUCCUAACUCCCAGUCCACUCCCCUUGCCAGGCCCUGUCUGCAAGGAAGGGUCCUUCAGGGAAAAGAAUCCAUACUUAGCGAAUUGCCGUUGAAUAAAUUGUCUUGGGUUGGAGCCAAAUGUAAAAGACUGCGACCCACCUUGGGAAACCCUUCAUUGAAGCGUCUGGUCAGCACGUUCCUGCGAUGCACACAAUCAAGUAAUACAACUGAGGGUCAGCAGUUAUUUACCCAAAGUAGCCCAAUCCGGGAUAUGCCUGAAGAUGACGGUGAAGAAUGGAUUCCUCCCUCAGAGAUAAAACAGAUUCAGCUUUUUGGGAUCGAGAAUGGGAAAGCAUUGAGGAAGAACCUGGAGAGGAACAAUGCUGACUUUCAACUCAUAGAAAAUUCUCCUUUUUCUGAAAGGUGUGGGAUCCCAAUGAGUUCCAUCAGGUUGUUAAGGAGAGAAUUGUCUUCCAAAAGGCGGGCAGAGAUUAGAUUCAGGAGGCAGCCCAUGGGCAAAGACGAGGCUGAUGGCAGGGAGGUCAUAAAUGGAUCUCCUGGCUUCCCUGUCUUUUCAGGUGUCAGGUCAGACUUGUCUUCCACACCUCACUCCUCAGCUAAAGUUUCAAGUUGGUCUCCUGAAUUGUUCUCAGAUACUGUUUCCCCAAAACUAUCCUCUUGAGUGUCAUUUUGCCUUUUUCUAAAACGACCUUUUGGUUACAACCACUUGCAACCACUGUUCCCAAUGGGCUGUUGCACGUUUUUUGGGCUGUAUGGACAUGUUCCAGAAACAUUC